GUUGCGCAUGCUCAGAUCUAUCAAAACACCGAAAGGAGAGAGAUGAGUCCAUGAGGAUAUCCAAGAAAAACAAUGUCUUAUCGAGCGUGUGGUGGUUUCAGUUGAAUCUCAGUGUGAUAGCUCAGUGAGUGAUCAGGGGAUGGACAACGCCGCCGUGUCAGCCUCGGACGGGACAGCAGAGUGCCCCCUGGUUUCUGAGGACAUGGAGGGGAUCUGCGUGAUGCCAGACUUGAGUGCCAUCAAGACCGAGCAGUCGAUGGGUGCAAGCCCAGUUGACACGGGCACUCAAAAUGUGGCUAUGGGCAUCAAGUUCAUCCUGCCCAACCGCUUUGACAUGAACGUUUGCUCAAGAUUUGUCAAGUCGCUCAACGAGGAAGACAGCAAGAACAUCCAGGACCAGGUGAACUCUGAUCUGGAGGUGGCUUCUGUUUUAUUCAAAGCUGAGUGCAACAUCCAGACCUCACCGUCCCCGGGCAUACAGGUGCGCCAUGUUUACACACCAUCCACCACCAAACACUUCUCCCCCAUCAAACAGUCCACCACACUCACCAAUAAACACCGCGGCAAUGAGGUUUCUUCCACACCUCUUCUGGUGCAUUCUUUGUCCAUUCACCAGCUGGCAGCCCAGGGAGAAAUGGUGUUUCUGGCCAGCAGGAUUGAACAAGAGACUGUGAUCAAUCUCCAAGAUGAGGAAGGCUUUACUCCUCUGAUGUGGGCAGCUGCACACGGACAAAUUGCUGUUGUCGAGUUUCUGCUCCAAAAUGGUGCUGACCCCAACCUCCUGGCCAAAGGGAGGGAAAGCGCAUUGUCCUUGGCCUGCAGUAAGGGAUACACUGAUAUUGUGAAGAUGCUCAUUGACUGUGGAGUUGAUGUCAACGAAUAUGACUGGAAUGGAGGAGCCCCUCUGCUGUACGCUGUCCAUGGCAACCAUGUACGCUGUGUCGAAAUCUUGUUAGAGAGUGGUGCUGAUCCUACCAUAGAGUCAGAUUCUGGAUUUAAUGCAAUGGACAUGGCCGUGGCUAUGGGCCACCGAAAUGUUCAACAGGUGAUGGAGGCACACUUACUGAAGUUGCUGAUGGGAAUCAGAGAAUGAACUGUGACACUUGAGGAAAACAAAUACUUGAGGGACAUCACUGGGCUCUUGGACAAUCAUGUAGCACGCCCAGGCUGUCAGCCAACGGGAAUAUUUAGUUCCAUUAAGUGAUGUUUCAACAGCAUUGCAUCAUGUCGACAUUAUUUUGUGGGCAUGAUGCACAUGAAGGUUGGGUGUGAGUGUGUGAGUGAGUGUGUGAAUUUUGAAUUUGACGCUUCUCUCAAACUGUUUUACUCUGCACGUUUUCAUAUCGAAUGUGUGGUAGCAAAUUUUAUCAGGAUACAAUGACAGAUUUCAAAAAACAGAAAUGUAAAGUUGAGCUCUUCACUACAACCCAGCAUGCACUGCACUCCACCUGUAGUAUGCUGCCAAAUAAGUAGUGCAGUGCAGGCUUUUGUUUUGCUUUAAUUAAGCAUUGAAGCUCCGUUUUGACUCCCUUGUAAUAUCAGAUAUCGCAUUACAUGCUGUCAUUACCCUUUUCCUGUGAUUGCAAGUGUUUUUAUAAACUAAUUUAUUAACCGUAAUCAACAGUUUUUAAGAAUAACAGAAUUUUAUUGUAAUAUGUUGAAUUGGUUGGUGUUCAUACUGUCUGGUUUUCAUAUUGAUCACAUCUCUGAGGCUCUUCUGUCUUCCCUGAAGACAACAGUGGGUGGAAUGAAAAUACGUUAUUACUGUCCAGAAUGCACGUGGCAGAUUGUGUGCUUUUAUGAUGCUGACAAGCUGUUUGUUGACUGAAGAUCCUUGUGUCAGUUGUACUCUGUUUAUUUAUUUGAAUGAUUUACACGUUGUGUUGUAAUGUGAUAAAAUUCUCAUAUUGAUGUAA